AUGAAUAAGCUCAAGCUAAUAGUUCCUAAAAUAGGCGUGGUAGUUUCCGCCGCCAUUAAACAUUACAUAAAGGGUCCUCCUCAACCAUCAUGGGACCUUCCGUUCCAUCUAUUGUUUGCCCUGCGAAAGUCCAUAUCAGAAGAUAUUAUGAACCAGACAAUAGAAGAAGUGCAACAAUUUUUGCGAAUGGGUCCUCCAUUGCCCGCGGAUUUCAACGAAGAAGAAGUGGCGAUCUCUAAUAAAUAUAGGAGACGUGCUCAACCUUAUUUGGAAAAGAUUUUAAACGAAUAUGAGCAUGUGCUAGAUGAGUGGAAAGAGUUAGAGGAUGAAAAUGAAAUAGAUCAGAGAGAAGAAAAGGAUAAUAUUUCAGGAAGUAAAAGAUGGUUGAACGCGAAAUGGAUAUAUUUAAGAGAACGAGGGUUUAAGAGGAAGGGUAAUAGCAAGAGGUACCAAUUUCCAGCCGCCAUACUCGAUGCCUUUGCUGCUUAUCUCUAUCUGAUAGAUCCACCUGAAAACGCAGGUUUUGAAGCAAUUGAUCCUAAACAAAUUGUUAUAAUGGGUGAUAGUGCGGGUGGUGGUUUGGCUAUGGCCUUAGGAUUGGCAUUAAGAGAUACUGGAUUGCCGAUGCAUCUGACUUCAAAAAUGUUCCAUCUCACUCAGUCACCCUGGGUAGACUUAACUAAUAGUAUGCCUUCAUUUCAAAAUCCCCUUUUCUAUCUUACCGACAUCCUCCCCGAGAACCUCUUCAUUAAUGAACCCUCCCCCGCCUUAGAUGACUUCUAUCGUAAAUCAGACAUCUUGUCAAAGUGCAUUAAAAAGGAAAGUAAACCCCAAUUUUGGGAUAAUUCAUUUAAUCUUAGCGAACGGGUGCAUUUAUAUGCACCUAACGAGGCAUUGUCUGUGCCUUACUGA